AUGAGAGCUGGAAUUUGCAGUAUGCAGCAGACUCUUACUCCUGAGGCUGUAAGUUUAGUAAAACAAGCAGUUGGGCUUGCUAGGAGGAGAGGCCAUGCUCAAGUCACUCCUCUUCACGUAGCAAGUACUAUGUUCGCUUCUUCUACUGGUCUUCUCAGAAGGGCUUGCCUUCAAUCCCACUCUCAUCCUCUUCAAUGCAAGGCCUUAGAGCUUUGCUUCAACGUGGCGCUUAAUCGCCUCCCAGCAUCCACAUCUAGUGCCCUAUUAGGGCCUCACUCGUCCUACCCUUCACUCUCCAAUGCCUUGGUUGCGGCCUUUAAGCGUGCUCAGGCUCACCAACGGCGAGGCUCCAUCGAAAACCAGCAACAGCCCAUUUUGGCUUUGAAAAUUGAGAUAGAGCAACUCAUUAUCUCUAUCCUAGAUGAUCCUAGUGUUAGUAGAGUCAUGAGGGAGGCUGGUUUUUCUAGUACUCAAGUGAAAAACAGGGUAGAACAAGCUGUUUCUUUGGAGAUUUGUCCUCAAAGUUCUGUUACUGUCAGCAGUCAGUCUAAAGAAAUCAUCAAACCUCAAGCUCUUAGUGCCAGUGCGUCUCAAUCUUCACCUUUUAGUCAUUUUGGAAUCUUACAUAGCAAGCCAUUAUUAGAUCAAGUAAGGAAUGAUGAUGUAAUGAGUGUCUUCAACACAUUGGUGAGCAAAAAGAGAAACACUGUCAUCACAGGAGAGUGUAUGGCUACUGCUGAUAGUGUAGUUAGGGGAGUGAAGGACAAGUUUGAGAGAGGAGAGGCUUCUGGGGAUUUGAGGUCUGUGAGGUUCAUAAGCCUUCCUCUCUUGUCUUUAAGAAGUCUUUCCAAAGAAGAGCUUGAACAGAAGCUUGUGGAGCUUAGGUGCAUUGUGAAGAGCUAUAUGAGUAAUGGGGUUGUUCUAUAUCUGGGUGAUCUCAAAUGGAUUUCUGAUUUUUGGUCAAGCUAUGGUGAGCAAAGGAGAAGCUACUACUGCACAGUAGAUCACAUAAUCAUGGAGCUCAAAAGAUUAGUUCAUGGAUUCAGUGAAACAGGAAGGUUCUGGCUUAUAGGAAUCGCAACUUUCCAAACGUACAUGAAGUGUAAAGCAGGGCACCCUUCUUUGGAGACCAUGUGGGAACUUUAUCCUGUAACAAUUCCAGUUGGGAGCCUAAGCCUGAGCCUCAAACUUGACAGUGAUUCGCAAUCUCAUCAAUCCAGAAGCAAGGCAUCUUUGAAUGGGUCCAGUUGGCCACUGCUUGAAUCUGGAGUUGGCAACCACUCAACUUGCUGGACAGAUCACCCUGUCAACUUCAACAGAGAAGCUCAAAGCCUAGCAGGUAGGGGUAGGACCCAAAAUAAGGAAUCCACUUCUAGCAUCACGAUUUCCAACAAUUCAAGCUUGCCCUUAUGGCUCCAGCAGUGCAAAGAAGAAACUGAAAGAAACACCAGCAAUGAUAAGGAAUAUCUACGCAAUAAAGGGAGCUCUCUUUUUGGUUCAGUCCACAAGCAAUCCUACUAUCCCGAGAAAACCAUCAAAUUCGCUUCGUCUCCUCCUUCGCCGAGUUCAGUUUCCUCGCAUGAGCAAAACACAGAUUCACAGCAGACACACCUAAGCUGGCCAGUGAUUUUUGAACAUAAACAGUUUGCUAAAGAGAACCAGAUUUGGAUUUCAGAAUGCAGCAAUGAAGGCUAUGAAAGCAAUCUGAGAAAUGAUCAUAAACCUGACCUUCUGUCAAAUCCCAACUCUAGUCCAAAUUCAGCUUCUUCAAGUGAGGCAAUGGAUGGUAUGGAAGGUGUUCAAAGCUUUAAUGAGUUCAAUGACUACAACUUGAAGAAUCUACGUAGUGGCUUGGAGAAAAAGGUACCAUGGCAGAAGGAUAUCAUUCCUGAAAUUGCAACCACUAUCCUUGAGUGCAGGUCAGGAAUGAGGAAAAGGAAAGGGAAGUUGAAUCACAUAGAAGACAAAGCAGAAACUUGGCUGUUUUUCUUAGGUGUUGAUUUUGAAGGAAAAGAGAAGGCUGCAAGGGAGCUAGCUAGACUAGUUUUUGGCUCCCAAAGCAACUUUGUCUCAAUUGGUUUAAGGAAUUUCUCAUCACCGAGAGCUGAUUCUAUUGAAGAAUCCAAAAACAAGAGAGCCAGAGAUGAAUUGGGUUGCAGUUAUCUCGAGAGACUUGCCCUAUCUUUGAACGAGAAUCCUCAUCGCGUGUUCUUCAUGGAAGAUGUGGAUCAAGUUGACAACUUUUCUCAAAAGGGUAUCAAGCAAGCCAUUGAAAAUGGAAAUGUAACACUUCCUGAUGGUGAAAAGGUUCCUUUUAAGGAUGCCAUUAUUAUUUUCAGUUGUGAAAGCUUCAGUUCAGUGUCCAGAGCAUGUUCACCUCCAAGAAGGCAAAAAACUGGUGAUCAUCAAGACAAGGAAGAUGAGGAUGCCAUGGAAGAGAAAAGUCCAGUUCUUUCACUUGACUUGAAUAUUUCCAUUGAAGGUGAUAAAGCAGAUGAUCAAUAUUCACUCUCAGAAAAUGGGUUUUUAGAAUAUGUGGAUAGGCAGGUUAUUUUCAAAAUUCAAGAAUUAAGAUAG